AUGGAUUCUCUUGAACAGUUUAGUUUUUAUGACUGCUCAAAGGUGAAAAACGUUCGAAGAUUUGUGGAACAGCUGAAUGAUAAAUUGGAUUCUCUUUCUUUACAUGGGAUUCUCUUUGUGGAACAGCAAAUACGUCCAUCAAUUGAACACCUUGUCGGCCUUAAAGAGCUGGAUUUGCACGGAUGCACAAAAAUUAACAAAAUGGUGGUGUCUUCUCUAAAUCGUUUCACGUACUUGGAAGACUUAAGUUUGAAUUAUUGUAAUAUUGGUGAAGGAGCCAUCCUUGAUGAUAUUGGCUGCUUGUCUUCUUUAAAAUACUUGCAUCUUUGUGGAAACGAUUUCGUUAGCCUUCCCUCAAGCAUUAGAUUCCUUUCUAAGCUUGUGUUUCUUGGAUUGCAAUGGUGCAAAAGGCUCGAGCGAUUGCCAGAUCUUCCGCUAAAUAUAAGAAGUGUAGACGUAGACGAUUGUGUUUCCUUAAUUGGUUCAACUUGGUUGAAGAAGAAUGAUUUUAGGCUUCUUGUGUUAAUUGCUUCAAAUUGGUUGAAGAAGAAGAAGACUGGAUUAAUGUAA